AUGGCGAUCGGCAAUAAUGUGCAAGCUGGGAAUGUUGCAAAGGAAAUCAUUGCAACUGACCUCCAAAUCAAUGGCCUUGUCCAGGAUAUCCGGAGUAAUUGCCAGUCAGUUGAUGACAUGAACAAAGUCAACCAGAAGAUUAAAGAACAAAUGAAGAUUACACAGACAAGAAUAAGUGAUUUGGAACGAAUAGCCAAUGAACAAGACAAGGAAACAGACAGAUUAGAGAUUCUGAAAGAAGUGGAAAGCUUCCGUAAGCAGUUGUCAAGCACACAGACAUCCAUAAGGAAAGCCAACUUGUCUUGCAAGAUGGCAAUUGACCGUAGUGAACGAGAAAGUUUGUUUCACGGAAGUGCGGAUCCAGAUUUACGCAAAAGAUUAAAUAAAGAGAACCUGGCUAAGACAGCGACUAGCAUCACUGAUAACCUGAUGUCAUUGAACAGAAUGAUGGCUGCUAAUGUAGCACAGAGUGGGCUCUCAAAUCAAGUUCUAGUUAAGUCUUCAGCAACUAUCUCCGACACCCACGAGGAGUUUAAAGGCAUGGGAGGAGUGAUCCAGACCAGUCGAAGUUUGCUGACCAAAUACAACCGACGAGAGCUGACAGACAGGCUUCUUAUAUUCCUUGCAGUUGCCCUUUUCCUUGCAACGGUGCUGUACAUACUCAAGAAGCGAAUAUUUUGAUGAUAAACAUGACGAGGGGGAGGGGGAAAGGGGCUUCGGCAGAAGGCUGGGGAGUAAUUUUUAGUAAUUUGGGGUGUCGUGGCCCUGGGACGGUCGUGGCCGAGCGAAAAAGAGCAUCAGACUCAAGUUCUGGUGGUUAAGUCAUUGGGAUGCGAGUUUGAAUCCCGGUCGUGACAAUUGUGUCCU